AUGAAGGAGAAGUCCAAGAACGCUGCCAAGACGCGCCGGGAGAAGGAGAACGGCGAGUUCUACGAGCUGGCCAAGCUGCUGCCACUGCCCUCGGCCAUCACCUCCCAGCUGGACAAGGCCUCCAUCAUCCGCCUCACCACCAGCUACCUGAAGAUGAGGGCCGUCUUCCCGGAAGGUUUGGGAGAUGCUUGGGGACAGCCAAGCAGAUUAGGCCCCUUGGAUAACGUAGCGAAGGAGCUGGGCUCGCAUUUGCUUCAGACUCUAGAUGGGUUUGUUUUUGUGGUAGCAUCUGAUGGCAAAAUAAUGUAUAUCUCAGAAACGGCUUCUGUUCAUCUAGGCUUAUCCCAGGUGGAACUUACUGGUAAUAGUAUUUAUGAGUAUAUACAUCCAUCAGACCAUGAUGAAAUGACAGCAGUUCUGACAGCUCACCAACCUCUUCAUCCUCAUCUCUUACAAGAGUAUGAAAUAGAAAGAUCUUUUUUUCUGCGAAUGAAGUGUGUCUUAGCAAAGCGGAAUGCAGGACUGACAUGUAGCGGUUACAAGGUGAUCCACUGCAGUGGCUAUUUGAAGAUAAGGCAAUACAUGCUGGAUAUGUCUUUGUAUGAUUCCUGCUACCAAAUUGUGGGACUGGUUGCUGUAGGGCAGUCUUUACCUCCUAGUGCAAUUACUGAGAUCAAGCUUCAUAGUAACAUGUUUAUGUUCAGAGCAAGCCUGGACUUAAAAUUAAUAUUCCUAGAUUCCAGAGUGACUGAAUUAACUGGAUAUGAGCCACAGGAUCUGAUAGAGAAAACUCUUUACCACCAUGUGCAUGGAUGUGAUGCAUUUCAUUUACGAUAUGCUCACCAUCUCUUGUUGGUGAAAGGACAAGUCACAACCAAGUACUACCGACUGCUGUCAAAGAACGGUGGUUGGGUUUGGAUUCAGAGCUACGCUACCAUUGUACACAAUAGCCGUUCAUCACGACCUCACUGUAUAGUGAGUGUCAAUUAUGUUCUAACGGAAAUAGAAUAUAAGGAACUUCAGUUAUCAUUGGACCAGAUCACCAUUUCUAAGUCACAGUUUUCAUACAGAAGCUCAGUGUCUACCUCACAAGAAACACGAAAAGCAACAAAACCUAGAAGUAAUAAAAUGAAGAUGAAACAUAGAACAACUCCUUACCCACGGCAGCAAUACGGCUCCUUCCAGACAGACAAACUGGAAUGUAGCCAGGGUGGAAGCUGGAGAUCUAACUCCACAGCAAAUUCUGCCACCAUCCAAGAACAAACCUUCCAUUCAGAAAACAGCGAACUUUUAUAUACCCCGUCAUACAGCUUACCUUUCUCUUACCAUUAUGGACACUUCCCUGUAGACCCUCAUGUAUUCAGUAGCAAAAAACAAAUGCUGCCUUCGAAAUUUGGGCAGUCUCAAGGAACACCUUGCGAAGUAGCUCGAUUUUUCUUAAGUACGCUUCAGACAAGUGGAGAGUGCCAGUGGCAUUAUGCCAAUUCUCUGGUACCAAACAGUCAAUCACCAUCUAAAAGUCCUCCUGAUCAGCCAGCAAGCACUGUACGCCAUAAUCUCUUACAGGGCUAUGAAGUGCCAUUACCAAACAGAAGAUACAGCCAAGAAAGUACAUCUGACAACUUUGCAGGCUGUGCAACCUUAACACCAAACAGUAGAUACAAAGAAGAGAUCAAUGAUUCCAACAUUAUAAAACACAGCAAAAUGGAAAGUAGAAUCUACCCCCCACACCAUCAUCAUUUCAUUAAAGAAGAGAAUAAGCUAGUAUUCAACAAAGAUUUACAAGAAAAGGUUAGUAUUAGCGAGAAGCCCUUUUCAAACUCCUUAGCCACUUCAUUUUUGUCAAAAUCAGAAUGUUUUCAAACACAAGCUAUUGGACAAUUAAGUCACCUUCUCCCAGUUCCAACUGUAUAUGAACAAACACGGAGAAUUUGUAUGAAAGAACCAAAAUUUGAGCAUAUUGCCCAUCAUGCAGCAAAUCUAGGUGAGAUGGAAACUGAGGAAAGAAUGAUGGUAAAACUUGAUUAUGACUCUGAAAAUGAUCAUGCAGUGGAUGUGAGGCAUACAGGACAAGUUCCAUUUGUACUUCUGAACUAUCAUCGUGUUUUAGCCAAGCAUGGCACAUUUCAGGCCUCUUCAUGUACUACCACAGGACAUGUAGCAGAAAAUUAUGGACGCGAAGAAGUGAAUACAUUUUACAAAAACCAAAGUUCCUCAUCAGCCUCAUCCCCAGAGGUUCACAGGGAAGCUGCACUUUCCCAUUAUAUUGGAACUUCUGUAAUAAUAGCUAAUGGAAGGUGACAAUGAUAAAAAGCAGGUUUUCAUUUAAAAAAUAAAUGCAAACUGUAAUGGUUUCCAAAAAACACGAGAAUACAUGGUUCCAUUUUUUGAGCAUGGUUCAAUGAGACACAAACUUGCAUGCAUUCUUGGCAAGCCAUGUGUAACUGUACCUUUAAGGUCAGAAAAAAUACACUUAGCUUAAGUGCUUCAUUGUUCCUGAUUAAUCUCUGCAGUUGACACUGCCAGUAAGAAGCCAUGUAACAAUCAUUUUAUUUUUUAAAAGUACAACUUAAAUUAUAUGUAUGUACUGAUAUGAAGCUUUGUUUUCUUAUAAAAUAUGAUUCCAAAAUGUAUUUGAAUGUCAUAGACAACCUGACAAAGGAGACAGUACCAUUAUUUGUGAAAGUCUCUUAAAUUGCCUUCAGAUACAUUCACAUCCUGGGAAUGUGUCUUGAGGAUCUGAAUUCCUGAAAUUAAACCUUUAAUUUUAAUAUGGUUUUGAUAUAUUUUACAUGGCAGCCAAGAAUUGGCCACUAUGUGACUACUAUGCAUCCUUAAAGAAAUUAAAAUCUAACCACCCAGCAUGCCUGGAAAUAUCUACCAAAGAGUUCAUGAUUUUUCACAUUGUGUGAAAAAAGCUAUGGGCAAGAAUAAUUUUUUGAAAAGACUUUCAAUUAAGAAUCUGUUCAAAGGAUUUCCUGUUUAUCAAAUACACUUUCCAGGUAUAAUAGAACGUUCAGAAGAGAGAGCCAAGAAAAUAGUUAACAUGUUUUAUCAAUUUGGCCCUAGUAAUAAAAUCUGAAAUCUCUUUCAGUUUCAGUGAACAUUUCUCUUUAUGUGGGGUUUUGUUUUUAGUCCAGCAAAAUGUAGUGCUUUUAUUGCUCACUUAGCUAAGAUACAAUAAAUUGUAUUUAGGAAAAGCACUAAUGAUGGAUAGGCGCCUACAUCUUGUUCUGUAUUUUCAGUAGAGCAUAAACUACACUGGAUUUUGUUGGGUUGUUUUUGUUUCUGUAAUGUUGAAUCUAGAAAGUAAGACAACCCAAGUGCUUGCCUACAUUUUGUGCUGUAAGCUUAUAGCUGCUGCUCUGAUCCAGAUCUCAUUAGGUGCUCUGACACACACAAAAAGCUCUUCAACAAAGAAAUGCACAUUGAAGUAACUGGGGAAGCCAAUGUAUAUAUAGGAGAUGCUUUAGGGAUCUUUUACAUACAAGGAGUCACUUGAUUGUGGCAGCUACUUAUCUUUGUAAAGCUGAUGACCCUCAUACUAAUAUUUUCUUACUUAACAUAACAUGACAAAAUGCUCCAUAAUAUGUAAAAUGAUAUGUAUUUGAAUACACACUAGCAUUAAAAAUUGUGAGCACUGGAGUCAUGUUAUCUUUUAAUUUGCACUGAUAAGUUCUAUUUCUUAACAUUUGUUGGAAGUUGGAACUACAGUAAAAAGCUUCUUAAAAGGACACAGAUAAUGCGCAAUUCCACUAGACGUGGGACAAGUGGCUAUUGGGAGGGGGCUAUUCAGUAUAGCUAAAACCAGGGCUGCCAGGUCCCCAGGUAGGGGUGGGAAAUCCCCUACUCCCAUCCACCCCCUACCUCCACUCAACUGGAUGGCGAGGGGAAAAGGAGAACAGCCCUCCUGGGCACGCUCCUGGCUCUCCCGCAAGUGACAUUAUCAUGCCAUACCAGGAAGCAAAAAAGGUGACUGCUGGGUCUCCCUCUCUCAUUGGGAGGGUAAAGGAACCUGGCAACACUAGCUAAAACUGAAAUUAGAUUGUUUCUCUAGCAAACCAUAUUUAAUGUCUAUUGUGCAACAUGAAAACCAUGUUUUCAUUAAUUACAGUGUUUCAAAAGUUUAAUAAACUGAAAUUAAUAAUAGGCGUUUCUUGAAAUAGUUAUAGUAUAAACGCACACAGCAAUAAAACCCAUUCUCUUUUCUAGUUUUAUAACAGUGCAGUCCUAAGCAGCUAUAGGCUUAGGUUAUAUGAUUUAAAUGGGUUUAGAAGAGUGUAACUCUGUUUAGGAUUACCAUAUAAAUAUCAGGAAAAAUACGUUUUAAAAUCAAUGUUGAUCUUUUAGUACCAUUCUAUGAAAAGCUUAUAAUUUUUAAAGUGCACAUUUUAAAGUAGUGCUAAGAUGAUAUGUACUGUAAUCCCAUCAGAGUUAAAAGUGGGCUUUGAGUUUAAGUCAAUAGCCCUGAAAGCGCAAGCCAAGUUUCUGGGUAGACUGUUGCUAGAAAAUGCACAACACUCUCUUACCGUCAUCCCAUCAUUUACCUUUACAGUCAAUUUAGCAUCACUCCUAUUGAUUUAAAGACAGAUGCUAGGUUAUUGCUUUUUCUUGAACAAUGUUUGCUUAAGCAUUUCUUUGUUGCCUUGUUCUUUCCCUCUCUUGUUCACUCUUCUUUCAACUUGAGAACAAAAUGAGUGCUUCCAGAUGAACUUGCGAUCAUUCUUUCAUUUUAGUACGCCCAGAGAAGCUUUUAUGGUAUUUCAUCGUUCUUCUGUGCAAUCCCACAUUGGGACUUCUUUAGAGCUCCGUUAAGGACAAUUUCUUCCCCAUCACGUAGAAGCCUUUUUUCCCACCUAAAUGGGCAUGUGACUACCUAGGAGGAGUGAUCCCAUCCCUCAGUUCUCUUUUAGCUGCCGCAAGAAGAACUUUGUUCAUGAGCUCUGCUCUUUUCAUAUCUGAUAGUUCAUCUUCGGCUUCCUUUGUUCUGUUUCUUCUGACUUUGGUCUGUUUUGGGGGACUGUUACUAUACAAAGCAGAGCUAUAGAGCUGACAGCUUGUCAUUCAUGUGGUAUGUCCUAACUGUAUUGCAGGAAGUAGAGGAGCACUCGUGUACAAGAAAAUAAGCCACAAAUUGCACAUGUUCAGUUUACUUCUGUUAACUUCAAGUGGUUAUGCAAGUUUAUCAUUAUUACUACUCAAUCAACAAGAAUAUUAUGCAAGUUAUAUUGCUUCAAUCCUAGUCAUUGAAACUAAAUUUUGUUUUAAAAUAGGGCUUAAAACACAAGGCUACAGCCCAGAAAUAACUUGUCAGUUUGGUAAAUCUCACCGUAGCAAGUAAGAUUCAUGAGUCUCUUCAACAUGCACUAUGCUAGCUUUUGCAGGUCAGUCUGAAGAUUUGUGCUACUGUUUCUUCUUUGCAAUGCUUUCAUUUGUGUGAGGUAUUGCAACAGAAUAACAGCUAUACUAACAAAACUAUUUGCUGAGGCAAAAAAUGUUAGGAUCAGCCUUAUAUUACUUCAAUAUAGGCAAUAUUAUCAGAGACCUCAUUUUAUAGUUGAUAGAGGGGAAUUUUUCCUUAUAACAUCUAAAAAAUAUCAAAUCCCUGUAAGUAUAAAUGCAGACAGCAAUUGAACCACAUGGUAUAAAGGACCUUUUAUAUGAAUCCUAUUACAGUAACAUUUUAUUGUUAUCAGAUAUAACAUUUCAUUUUUUUACCAUAUUUUAUUUUCAGUAUACCAAUGUGUGGCCAUUCAUAUGUUUAACAAAGUGUAUACAGAGACAUGCACAUUUACUUUGUUGGGACUGAGAUGUCACCUGCCUCAUUAAAAGAAAUCUGAUUCAUAGCUGUAGUAUUCAAAAAAGCUCCUUAAACUUUUUGUUUUUAUAAAAUAUUUUUAUCCAGAAGAUACACAUAUUUUACUUGUUUCCCCAGUGUUGUUUAGGUAGCACCUGAUUGUUGUCCAAGGCUGGCUGUUUUAAUUAACCUGUAUUUUUAAUUAUCAUUUAAGAAAAAUGUUUAUUUCUGAAAAUUUAUUUGAAUUUAAACUAAAAUAUUUACAUUUAGAAAAUACUCAGUUGCAUAUUGUCAUAUAAAAUGUUUGUACUCGGAACAUGAACGAAGAAUUCCAUGCAAAAGUGAGAGUUCAGAAAAUUAACAACAGAAACAAUCAGUAUUCAGAUUCUAUGUUAACAUAAGUAAUUUAAGAUUUUUAAUAAGUUUUUAUUAUAUAAAAUGAUAACUGAAGCCUAGAAAAAAGCAAUUUGAAACUUUAAUUUCAUUUUACCAUUCACUCUGCUUGAUGAUGAACCAUAAAACCUUUAUCAUUGAACUUUGUUGGAUUCUUUACACACUUAGUAUUUUCAACCUGAAACAAAAUCUUUGUGUGUGUGUGUGUGUGUGUGUGUGAGAGAGAGAGAGAGAGAGAGAGAGAAAGAGAAAGAGAGAAUGAAGAAUGCCAAUGAACAGUAUAAUACUGUAUACUGAAUAGUAUAAUACUGGUUUCAGCCUAACAGAAAAAUAUGACCAUGUGACACCACAUGGUUUAUAUGCAUAACAAACUGCUCUGCUGGGUACAGUUUUGUAGAUGCUCCCCAGAUAUCCACAUCAGUUAAAUUACAACCAUUUAUCAGCAAACCAUUUUAAGAUUACAGAAUUAAUGACACUAGUUAAUAAGAUACGGCAUUCUAAAUAAAUGCUAUUUUCUAAAAUCACUAUUCAAUUUUUCAACUCAUUUCUUGAAACUAUUUUUGUUUUUCCCUGAUCUAGAACAUUAGAGUUUGAUUUUAAAUAUGUGAUGCAAAAAUCAAUUAUUAGAUGAAAAGUAUGUGUCAAGAGCAAAACCCACAAACACAUACAGUCUAUUAUAUGUAGGAUUAUAUAUUUACUCCCUUAAAAUGUAAAGGUUUUUUUGCUUAUUUAUUAUGUAAGACAAAAUGUUGAAUAAAAUAAUGUAGCCAAAGGAAUAAAUGGAUUUCUAUUAUUUGCUUGGUUUUACAAGUACCAAUAAUUCUUAUUAAUAAAAUACACACAAUUAAA